AUGAUCCUUCAUGGGCUUCAACCCAAUGCUUUUCUUGGCGCCAAAAUGAUUGCCAUGUAUGCAAGUUCAGGUGGUCUUCAAGCAGCCGUAACGGUUUUCGGUAAAAUAAAAGACCCGACUACUUUGUUGUAUAAUUCGAUUAUUAGAGCUAAUACAAACAAUGGGUAUCAUUUAAAAACUAUAGAUAUUUAUUGUGUGAUGCAUUCUUUGGGACUCAAGGGUGACCAUUUUACGUUUCCUUUUGUGCUUAAAUCAUGCGCGAAUGCAUUGGAUGUUUGGAUGGGAGCAUGUGUUCAUGGACAAACUUUGAGAUUUGGGUUGGAGUUGGAUGCUUACGUCGGCACGUCUUUGCUUGAUUUUUACGUAAAAAUAGGUGGAUUAAGGGAUGCGAAUAAAGUGUUCGAUCUAAUGACUGUUAGAGCUGUGUCCUCUUGGAAUGCUUUGAUUGCAGGGUAUAUGAAAGAAGGGGAUAUACGGGUAGCUGAGGACUUAUUUAGGAGAAUGCCGUGUAGGAAUAUAGUUUCUUGGACAUCUAUGAUUUCAGGUAACACUCAAAACGGGUUGGCUGAGGAGGCAUUGAAUUUGUUUAAUGAGAUGUUGAAAGAAGGCUCUGAGGUUAAGCCCAAUUGGGUAACAAUAAUGAGUGUUUUACCUGCUUGUGCACACUCCGCUUCUCUAUACCGCGGGAGACAGAUUAAUGAAUACGUUAGUAGGAUUGGCUUGGAUUCGAAUCCUUCGGUGCAGACAGCGCUCGUGGCAAUGUAUGCUAAAUGUGGUAGCCUUGCUGAUGCUCGUAGUUGUUUCGAUAGAAUACGGGACGAUGAAAAGAAUUUGUGUGCUUGGAAUACAAUGAUCACUGCUUAUGCUUCUCAUGGUCAGGGUUUAGAAUCGGUGUCAAUUUUUGAGAACAUGGUUAGAGCCGGGGUAUACCCUGAUGCAAUCACAUUCACAGGGCUGUUGUCCGGUUGCAGUCAUUCUGGUCUUGUCAAGUUUGGAUUAAGAUUCUUCAAUUCUAUGCAGACAGUGUACUCCAUCGAACCAAGACACGAGCAUUAUGCUUGUGUUGUAGAUCUUUUGGCUCGUGCUGGACUAUUGGUGGAAGCCAAGGCGUUUAUCGAGAAAAUUCCAAUGCAACCGGGACCAAGCAUUUGGGGUGCAUUGUUAGCUGCUUGUAGGAAAAGUAAAAAUUUAGAGAUUGCUGAGAUGGCAGCAGAAAAGCUGUUUGUUUUAGAACCGGAAAACAGUUGUAACUAUAUUCUGCUUUCCAAUUUGUAUGCUGAAGCUGGCAUGUGGAAGGAGGUGGAUAAAUUGAGAGCUCGUUUAAAAUGUCAAGGGGUCAAGAAGAACCCUGGAUGCAGUUGGAUUGAGAUCAACGGAAAAGCGCACUUGUUCCUUGGCGGAGAUAUAUCUCAUCCUCAGUCGAAGGAAAUAUAUAACCUCUUGGAAGCAUUGCCGGAAAAAAUCAAGGCGGCCGGUUAUAUACCAAACACCAGUUUUGUGCUGCAUGACAUAAGUGAGGAAGAGAAAGAACACAACCUCAUUACGCACAGCGAAAAGCUUGCCAUUGCAUUCGGGCUACUUAACACAACGCCUGAAGUAGUUCUUCGUGUAACUAAAAACCUCCGAAUCUGUGGGGAUUGUCACACAGUUAUGAAGUUCAUAUCGAAAAUCUAUGAUCGAGAAAUAGUUGUGAGAGAUGUAAAUCGUUUCCAUCACUUUAGAGAUGGAUUAUCAUUCUUAAGCUCAACUCUCUCUCUUCCUAGAAAUAUUGUUUCUCUUUGUGUUGAGCCUGAACAGUUCGUGGCUACACCUGACUUUUGUGCUGGCAUACAAACAAUCGAAGGUUGGAUCGAAAAGCUCGGAGAAUCCACUGCACUUGACCAGGGUUGCAGAUUCGAUCUCAGUGCUUUCGAUACUUGUCUUCGUGCUGGUAUCGAAGUCCAAUCUACGUUGGUCUCCAUUGAUGGUAAUAAAACUCACACUACUGAUUGUUUUCAUUAUACUGUUCUUUAUGCGGCUGGAAUUGCUAAUGAACUUGGACCUGAAAGUCAUGGAGCUUUGGCAUGUGCUUUUUCAUUACCUUUGAAUGAACAAUCUAAUUACUCCAGCAAAAGACAUUCGGUCCUUGUUUUUGGCUUCACUGGUGCUGGUGAAGCCUGCAAUAUACCAUUGAGAUAUUAA